CUCGGCCAGUCACGCGCCACGUUUUCAAACGCAGCAGGUAUGCAGCAACCGCCGGUCUCCAUGGUAACCCCCUUGACAGCGCGCUGCCAUUGGUCGAAUCAAACCCGCUCGGCCCGCUCAUUGGCUGCCUCGGACGGGAUUUAAUACAUUCAAACAGAGGGCGGGAUGUUCGGACGCUGAGCGGAAGCAGGAGGCCCCGGCUACGCAGAGUACUCCGGCCAAGGCGUUAACUCGCACCUUACAGACUCCGCUCUCUCUCUCAGGGCUCCCCGACCCGCCGUCACCGCGCCUCACCGAUGGCCUCGCAGAAUGUAGAUCCGGCUGCUGCCUCCUCCGCCGCAGCCCGCAAGGGGAAGGAACAAGGCGCCGCGGCCGCCAGGGGUUCUGUGGGCAAGAGGUGAGAUCCCGGCAUCCCCGUCCUGCGCAGGCUGGGAGCAACGGCCAGCAAAACUGCAACUGCAGAACUACAACUCCCGUGAUGCUCUCUUAGCCUUGGCGGUAGCAGAGCAUCAUGGGAUUUGUAGUUCUUUAAGCUGAGUUUCCCUUUAACUAGCUGCUCAUUAAUGCAUUGUAUUCCUCUAACUCCCUGAAUGAUUUAUAAUGGGAUGGGGCAUGUAGUCCAAGGCUGAGAGCCUGAGAAAAAUCACUGAGCUAUUAACCAAUUAAAGGGACACUCCGGGCACCAAAACUGCUACAUCUAAAUGAAGUUGUUAUGGUGCCAGGAAGCUAACACCCCAAAGUUUGUCUUCCACCUCCUAGCCCCCCCAAAAGUGGUUUCCGUCUUAUGACAUUCCACUUUUUAGAAAGUGGACAGUUGUUAUGGUGCCAGGAAGCUAACACCCCAAAGUUUCCUCCAGCAGGAAUGUCUAUCCCCCCCCCCCCCUUCCAAAAGUGGUGUCCGUCUUAUGACAUUCCACUUUUUAGAAAGUGGACAGUUGUUAUGGUGCCAGGAAGCUAACACCCCAAAGUUUCCUCCAGCAGGAAUGUCUAUCCCCCCCCCCCCAGCCUUCCAAAAGUGGCGUCUGUCUUAUGACAUUUCACUUUUUAGAAAGCGGACACUCGGCCAAUCAGUGGUUUAAAAUUCUUAAAACUGUCUUGGAAAUAAAGUGUAAGCUUGUUUGAACAGGGUUGUCAUCAACCUAUUGUUACCGUAACGUUUUGUGAUGGUCUUGUUUAUUGUUCAAUAGUUCCCCCUUUUUUAUAAUAUUGCCAUGCGCUGCGGUAUAAGUUGGUGCUAUAUAAAUGCCAAUAAUAACGGUAGUAAUUUUUUUUUUUUUUUUCUUGCAGGUUACAGCAGGAACUGAUGACUCUGAUGGUGAGUAUCUGACUGUUUAGUUGCUGUGGAGGAUGGGUGAUGUUACUGAGCUGACUUUUGAAAUUGACAUUUUUUAUUUUUUUUUGUCUUUAGAUGUCUGGUGAUAAAGGGAUCUCUGCUUUCCCAGAAUCUGAUAACCUGUUUAAGUGGAUUGGGACCAUUGAUGGAGCUGUGGACACUGUAAGGAAAUUUACAAUCCUAAUGUAAUGCUGGCUAACUCUUCAAGAGCACGAUCUAGUUGUAUGAUGAGUAUAGUUAACUGUUUAUUAACCCCCUUGGCCACCAUGAGCUGAUGCAUUAUUCUGUCAAAUGGACUGCUGUAGGUUGACUUAUUCUGUAGCAGUUUAAAGGAACACUAUAGUCCCCUAAACAAGUCUAGCUUAAUGAAGCAGUUUUAGUGUAUAGAUCAUGCCUCUCAGGUUUCACUACUCAAUCCUCUGCCAUUUAUGAGUUAAAUCACUUUGUUUCUGUUUAUGCAGCCCAAGCCACACCUCCCCUGGCUCUGAUUGACACAGCCUGCAUGGGGGAAAAACUGGUUUCACUUUCAAUCCGCUGUAAUUUACCUUAAACAAUUCUAUAUAUUGCUCUGUAAAUGUAACUUUAAACAUACAGGAGACUUACAAAGUUUAGCACGCUAUUAAUGUAGCUGGGGAUAAGAAAAUCUAAAUUAAAUAGAACUUGCAAUAAAGGAAGGAUAAAAAUUAGAUGACUCUUUACAGGAAAUGUUUAGGAAGGCUGUGCAAGUCACAUGCAGGGAGGUAUGACUAGGGUUUAAUAAAGUGAUUUAACUCCUAAAUGGCAGAUAAUUGAGCAUUGCAGGAGCAUUAUCUAUACACCAAAACUGUUUCAUUAAGCUAAAGUUGUUUUGGUGACUAAUGUAGCUUUAACUAUUUUUAUGUAUUUUGUGCAUCUCAUAAAUGGCCGUUAAUUGAGCGGUUAGAUUGAAGACGCAGUGUUUGUACACCAACACGCUCUCAUUAAAAGGGCAUUCAAAACUCUAUAACCAAUAUAGUGACUAUUUCGUGCCCCUGUUAUAAAGAAUCAAUGGGGGAUUCAAUUAGCCCUCUUGAGCUAAGACCUGCAGUACGCUCCAUUUAGUAGUACCUCUGUCUGGGUUGCCCAAUGUAACUUCUUGUGAGACAUGCCCUGAGGAACCAAGGAUUUGAGGGAAGUAACCUUGUAGAGGGCUAAAGUUAUAAUGAAAAGGACUUUCCAAUGUUGGAUGCAUAUUCCUAAUAUUGUAGGUUUUUUUUGGGGGUGUGUCUCACUAUUUUUCUAUCGCGGAAAUGAAUAUCUUUAUAACCUUCUGGGAUCACUGCAUAUUUUGCACUAACUUCCAAUGGGGACAUCACUUGGAUAGCAGUGGCUUGGGAGUGUAGCCGAUAUGAAAUAUACAUACUUGAUGCUCUUCCCUGUAGGUGCUGCUAUCUUACAUAUUCAGCUCCUGGUGCUUCAUCUACCAGGAGCCAUGUUGCUGCUGUACUCUCGCACAUACAAAAUGGUUUAUAGAGGACUGUGGGAGUCUCCAUAGAUAUCCUCUUGCAAUGAGCACAAUAUCUUAUUCCCACAGCAAAAACUAGUGACGGUUUGAAAUGUAACAAAACUUGACAGCAGUAGCUCUGCUGUUUGUCAAGGGAUUUACCAGUAUAUUGACAAAGGCUUGAGCAGGAGUGUCUCGAAGUUUGUUCACCUUCUUUCCAGCCCGAAUUUGCUUCCUUGGCUGAGAGUAUCAAAUUUGACAAUCCGGAUAUUGUGCAUGUGAAUUGAAACAAUGCAUCUCUAUCUGUAGAUUUCAGCACCAGUGUUGAAAAGUGUUUACAUUAGGAAGCCUGCAGGAGCAGGCAAUAUACAUCAGAUCAGCUACAUUAAACUGUAGUUCUGGUGACUAGUAUCCCUGUUUGUGAAACUCCUAAAGGCAAACCACAAACCUCCUGAAGGGAAGGAGGCAUAAGUGGAAUCUGGGUACUAUAACAUAUUUGAGUGUUAUAUGAAGUGGUUUUGGUACCUGGAAUAUCCCUGCAGUGAUAUAUGGAUGGACCGAUCUUGCUACUAAAGGAUUGCCAGAACAUAUACCAGUUCCACUCUGUCUUUGGGUGUUGUGCUUCUUCAGUAGAAAGACCGGAUAAUGUCCACUUUCUGCAUGUGAUAUAGGUAUUGUCUAUCACUGUUAACACAUAGUCUAGAAGGGAUGAUUCACUACCCUAUAAGGGGUUUGAGCCCUUCGACAUACUAGAGAAACGAAUGGAAUGUGGUGAAACACCAGAGGUAAAUGUUAAAAUAGAAGUUUUAAUGACAAACUAAUAAAAACUUAUCCAACUUAUGGCUGUAUGACAGUAAUGUCGUCUAAAAUGAGACGAGGUAAACAGUGAAAUAACUUGUCAAAUGACAAGAUGAACCACAUCCAAAUGGGUGGCAACCAGGACCAGAUUCGAAGGUACAGAUAAUGUGUGGCUAUUGAGUAACUUGCCACCUGAUAUCACUGAAUGCCAAGAAUCCAAUACCAUAUAAAUCAAAUGAUAAGAGGAAAGUCUAAUACAUAAAGUGGGCUAAAAAGUCCACUCUAACAUAUACAUAUCUAAAUCAACUGAUGUAUAUUGAAAGUGGACUAUAUGCAAACUAUGUACAUAUAAUAGAGCAGGUGUAUAUAAUGUAAAUCCUGUAGUUCACGUAUAGGUAUAAGGGAACACAGGGAGGGUGCAUGUGUCAGUUGGUCCCUGCACUUGGUCUAAAGUUUUAGCCAAAGGAUGACUUGCUAGUCCCUACAUAUUUAGCCACGACACGCGUUCCCACCAUAUGAGUGACCCAAAAUAGAUACAAUUGUCUGAAAAAGGUAACUUCUAUCAAGGUUCCUCAACUAAGUAUCCAUGAGAGAGAUUGAGUAAAGUUAAUUAUAAGUAAAAAUGAAACGUGGGACCCUGAGCGGAGGAGUGAAAACUAACAUUAAUAACCACUCUGGCUGAAGGAGGUGCCAUGAGGUUGUGGAACACACAACCUUUCUAAACUGCUUUACAAUUUCUCUUAAAUGUUACUAUAUGAAAGCACGGGUUUCCUGGGUAGGCGAUAAUUGUAAGACUUACUACUCUAGAUUCACGAUUUGUGGUUUUGUGCUUUUUGUAGGUUUAUGAGAGCCUGAGGUACAAGCUCUCACUGGAGUUUCCGAGUGGCUAUCCUUAUAAUGCCCCCACUGUGAAGUUCAUCACACCGUGUUUUCACCCGAACGUAGACACUCACGGAAAUAUUUGUCUUGACAUCCUGAAAGAGAAGUGGUCUGCUCUGUACGAUGUCAGAACUAUCCUUCUAUCUAUUCAAAGUCUCUUAGCAGGUAAGAUAUUUGGACAUGAUGUAGAUACUAUUCCUUGUUUGCUCUGCACCCCAAUCCUCUUAUCAAUGUUAUCGGUAUUGUGUUUUUAAUUAAAAAAUUAUUUUUAUUUUUUAAUGCCUGCCUAAAAAUCUCCCCACAAGUUAAAUUAGACUUAAACUGUCACUUGUGAGACAUGGGCAACUUUCACUGAUUAACUUAAGUGUUAUUUAGAUGUAAUCAAAUGUCGUUAUGCAGAUGAGCAAGAACUCAUUUGAUUAGCAUUUAUGCAGAUUUCUAAGGUUUCAUCACAAGAUUUAUGGAACCUGCUAAUGUAUGUAUAUUUUAAACUGAAUUUCUUUAAUGCAGCAGAGUCACCUGAUUGUCCUUAAUAGGAAAGCUCUUUAAAAUACAGAAAUACUGUAAAUUGUACAGGGGCCAACUUUGUUUUAAAGGAACAGUAAAGGGUGUGUAAUAAAAACCUGUAAUGUUAGAAACACAAUUUAGGUGGCUGGUCCCCCUUGCCCAUCUUACAUAGGGUUAGAACUCACCUUUUUCCAAGCACUGGCUCUGCCCUCAUCUACCUCCUUGGCUGAGAAUUGACCAUAUCAGCCAAUACAAUGCUUUCACAUAGGAAAGAAUUGGUAAGGCUGUUGCACAUGGGUGGCAAAAUGCUGCGCUUGCAAAUCAGAACUUCAUCGUAGAUCCAUUGAUUCAAUGCAUCUUUAUAGGGAAAGUGCUGAAUGUCAGCACUGACCCAGGAGGCACCUCUACUUGCCAUCUGAGUGACUACAGCUGGAGCUGACCCUAGUGAGCAAUGUAAACCCUGCCUUUUCUCCGAAAAUACAGCAUUUACUUUAAAAUGCCUGCAGGGAAAGUAUAGUGUCAGGAAAAAGCUAUUUUCAGCCAGCGGGGUAGACCUAAUGCACAUGCAUGGCAAUGGCCGCGCUUACAUUGGUUCUUCCCUUACCGCAAAGAAUUAUACAAUCUUUCAUGCUGGAUGUCCUCAUGCAUAGCAUGAGGACGUCCAGCGACCAAAAGUCGCUUAACGAUCCAGAAGUCCCUCUAGUGUCUGUAUGGAAAACAGCCGCUAGAGUUGGAGUUAACCCACAAAGGUAAAUUAUUGCAUUUUAUGGAAAACUGCAAUAGCUACCUUUGCAGGGUCACUUCAAUAAGCUAAAGUAGUCUGGGUGCCUAUAGUGUUCCUUUUUAAGCUGCAGUUGUACUGGUGGCUUUAGUGUCCCUUUAAACUCAUUUUGUGGUGCUCUGUUUAUCUUAUUUUAUAUAGCGCCAGCAAAUUCCGUAAUGCUGUACAAUGGGAUAGCUCCUGAAUGGGAACCUGGAUCCCCAGAUUGACGUAGCCUGGCCUCAUUCUAGUGGAAUGGCUAAAGUGCUUUACAUCAUAUCAGGGAUCACUGGCAAUUCUGAGCCGUGAUAUGUUCCUACUGCCACCUUGGCAAUAUCAAAUUCCAGCAUAAGUUUCAAUAACCAGAGUGUUCACUUUGGUAAUGGACUAGCAGAGGACCUAACUUUGGUCAAACUGCUCACGUGGUCUCCCACAUUCUAACUGCACCAUAGCCACUAGCAUGUUGUGGUGUCUAAAGUGAUCCUUUUACACACUGAUAUUGUACUGUAAGAACACAACAGGCUUUAACUUGUAAAUAUUUACCAUAAAGUGACUUGCAUACCAUAACUGUGUGAAAUGUUUGUCAAUGACUGGUGUUGUGUGAACCUAAUGUAUCAAUUUUGUUCACCAGAGCCCAAUAAUGAGAGUCCACUGAAUCCACAUGCUGCAGAGCUAUGGCAGAAUCAGACAGGUAAGUACAUUAUGCCUUUUGCUUGUUCUCUGUAUCGUAGUUGCAUACUGGGUUCUACUGUACCCUGAAGAGCUACUGUACCUCUCAAAUUACAUACUUAUUUGGAGAAGCAUACUUUGGAAUGCCAAAGGUUGCCUAUCCCUGCACCAGGGAUUUCAUACACAGAUGUUGUGGACUACAUCCCCACAAUGUUCUUACUUGUAUUGCUGGCAAAGGAUCUAAGGAGGUGUAGUCCAAAAGGUUGCCUGUGCCUCUUUAGAAUUUGGGGGUAACUUUUUAUUAUUGUUUUUAAAUACAACCCACUCUCCUCACUCAACUUGGUUUUGUCAAACUGGUUCACUUGUAUGGAGUAUUUCAAUCCUUAAGGAACACUUUAACUACCAUAACAAACACUGUAGUGUUGUUGCCAGAAGUGCUCUCAUGUAUCUCCCUUUUAAGUAGUCAAGCUGUUUGUGUUUUUAUCUGGGCCAUGCUAGGUUCUGCUUUUUCAUCUCCCAGUAUUGAGAGCCAGAAAUCUGUGCUAAAGCCCAUGCAUCGCUUAGGUUGGAGCGGGCAGUGCACCUGGUCAAACCAUUCCUGCUUAGGAGUCUCCGUUGGCCCCACAGCCUCCAGAUUCACUGUAUGCUGUAAUGGUAGUUGGAAACGGCACUCAUUACAGAAUGCACUUUCUGACAACCGUUUGACUCCUUACAUUGGUGGGGCACACCUGGCAUCAUAACCACUGUAGCACACCCCUGACCUGUCUAUACUUUGUAAAAAUUUUCAAAAUGCAGUUUGUACUAAAGUUUUUAUUUAGUUAGUGAUUCUAUAAUCCUCAUUUUCAAGAAGGGGGGUGGGGGCACAGGGCUUCACAGGAGGGCUGGCAGGACAUAUAAACUGCUAAAUGGCAUAGGAUUUAGCAGUGAGACUGCAGGGGUAUGGUAUAUACUUAUAGGAACACUAUAGUGCCCUGAGGUUGCCCCCACCCUCAGGGUCCCCCUCCCGCCUGGCUCUGGGGAGAGGAAAGGGGUAAAAACUUACCUUUUUCCAGCGCUGGGCGGGGAGCUCUCCUCCUCCGAUCCUCCUCUUCUCCUCCCAUUCGGUAGAAUGCGCACGAGCUGCGCGCGCAUUCAGCCAGUCACAUAGGAAAGCAUUCAUAAUGCUUUCCUAUGGACGCUGGCGUGCUCUCACUGAAAAUCAGUGAGAAGCACGCAAGCGCCUCUAGCGGCUGUCAGUGAGACAGCCGGUAGAGGAAAUAGGGGAAGGCUUAACCCAUUCAUAAACAUAGCAGUUUUUCUGAAACUGCUAUGUUUAUGGAAAAAAGGGGUUAACCCUAGCUGGACCAGGCACCCAGACCACUUCAUUAAGCUGAAGUGGUCUGGGUGCCUAGAGUGGUCCUUUAAACAUAAAGGGAUACUAUAGUGCUAGGAAUACAGGAGCUUGUGUCUCUCAAUGGAAGAUGUGAUAGGAUCCCAGGUUGGUUUAGCAAACUAUUUAUAUUAGGGAUAUAAAUAUAUUUCUUUGUUUUGGGGAUGGGGUACCAGGCAUUUUUAGCAUCAUAGCUACAAUGUGUUAUAGAAGUUAUACUGCUUGGAGUCUGCCUUUAAACAAGCACUAUAGGCACUCGGACAACUUUAAUCUCAAUUAAGUGGUCUGGGUGCCAUGUCUCCUGUUUUUUAACUCUGCAGCUGAAAUCCUUGCCAUUCUGCAUGAACAGCAGUGUUUUCUCUGCUGGGUUAACCUGCCUCUAGUGGCAGUCAAUCUGACCAUCACUAGAGGAGCUUCCGAGAAAGUGUAAAACUGGUCUCAGACAUCUGAUUGAUGCAGUGUGGAGAUUUGCUACACAUGUGCACUAGCCUCCCAACUCUUUACUCUGGGGAAAGUAUUGGAUUGGUUUAUAAACCCUGAUCUUAGUGUGAGAUUUAAAGUUCAGUUUACAGAGCUGGAGAAAUCUACUAAAAUAGUGUGCUGUAAAAGCUGAUGGCCCAUGAAAGAGUUUGUUCAUGCUGGCUGGGAGGUUUGGUUAGGGCUGCAGGAACAAACGUGACUUCUACAUGGCAGAGAAUUAAACGGUGAGACUGCACUGUGACGUGAUCUGCACACCAAGGCUGCUUCAUUAAAGGACCAUUCUGCUCAAUGAAGUGGUCUGGGUGCCAGUUCACUCUAGUGUUAACCCUGCAGCUGUAAACUUGGCAGUUUCAGAGAAACUGUUUACACUAGGGUUAAUCCAGCCUCUAGUGGCUGUCUCCCCUUCAGCCCAGUGGGAGUGGGAACUUUGGGGUGGGGGGACCUAAAGACCCUAUAGUGCCAGAAAAAACAUUUGUUUUCCUGGCAAUAUAGUGGUCCUUUAAGCUAAAGUUUGUUUUGAUGCAUAAAGUAUCCAUUUUUAAGUGGGUUUUUUUUUUUUCUUCCAGAUUGUAUCUUUGCCUACAUUUUGCCAUUUUAGACUUUUUUUUUAUAAACUACCAUAUGUCCAAGCUAUCGUUAAAGGGACAUUAUAGUCACCCAGACCACUUCAGCUCAAUGAAGUGGUUUGGGUGCCAGGUCCCUCAGAUUGUAACCCUCCAGAUGCAAACAUAGCAGUUUCUCUGAAAAAGCUAUGUUUACAUUUGGGGUUAAACCAGCCUCAAGUGGCUGUCUAUCGGACAGCUCCUAGAGGCAUGUUAUGCCUCCAUCGCGCCGAGCAUCCAUAGGAAAGCAUUGAAAAAAUGCUUUCCUAUUGACAGCUUGAAUGCGCGCGUGGGACUUGCUGCUCAUGCGGCUACGCUGACGUUGGCGGGGGAGGAAUAAGGUAAGCUGCUGAAGGGGUUUUAACCCCUUCAGUGCCACAGGAGGGGGACCCUGAGGGCACUAUAGUGAAACUCAUGUAACCUUCCACGUAUGUUAACAUUAUACCCUCUCCCUACCCAUCUGAUGCAGAGGUUACCUGGUAUUUGGGAUAAAUGGCUCAUUAACUGAUGGCAGUGACUUGGAGGAAAUAUAUUUAGGGGGAGUUAAAAUCCAGAUUGUUUAGCCAAAGACCUGAUUUGUCUGUGAUGCAUUUGUUAACUUUAUAAUUCAUUCUAAUCAUGUGGCUUUAUUCCUAGCAUACAAGAAGCAAUUACAUGAACAGUAUAAGAAGCAAGUUCAAGAAAAGGACAUUUAACUUACCUGCACCUUCUCUGCUCUGUACAUGACUGCUGUAAAAUAUAUGCUUAACUUAAUCCUAAAGUGUACAAAUAAAAGUGGUUUUAUAAUUUUGUCUAGGUUUUUAGCUUUGUGUGAAUUUUAUUUAUUUU